UGUCGCUGGCAUUUGGUGCGUUUGUGCGCGCGGUCACAUUCCGAGCCGAGCCGAGCCCCGAGGACUUUGGACCGGGUUAGAGACGAAAGUCCAGCUCAACUUCGGUCCGGUUUGAGCUGCAGACCCUGGUCCCAUAAUGAUCCGGUUUGAGCUGCAGACCCUGGUCCCAUAAUGAUCCGGUUUGAGCUGCAGACCCUGGUCCCCCAUCCCCUCAGCAGAUGACCUGGAUGAGGUGAAGGCAGAGGAGUGACCUCAUCGUCCCCUCGGUUAAGUCCAGUUCCCGGUGUCCAGGCCUCAGAGGCGUCAGCACCGUUUCUUCUUUCAGUCAGUCCCUGAGAAUUGCUUCAAACCUGCUUCUCCAACGCGUCUUCCAGAAAUUCAGACUGUUUUACAAAGCAGAAGCAGCACAGCCAUCCAAGACAGAGGUGAUGGGAAGUGUGCGAGCCAGUAGCUACAGCAUUGUGUCAUCAGAGGAGGACGGCAUGAAGCUCAACACCAUGGCGGUACCCAACGGCUACGGCAAAACCAAGGUGCACACCAGGCACUGGCCUCAGAGCAGGUUUGUCAAGAAGGACGGCCACUGCAACGUGCAGUUUGUCAACGUGAGCGAGAAGGGCCAGCGCUACCUGGCCGACAUCUUCACCACCUGCGUGGACAUCCGCUGGAGGUGGAUGUUCGUCAUCUUCUGCUUGGCCUUCCUGCUCUCAUGGUUGUUUUUCGGCUGCGUCUUCUGGCUCGUGGCUAUCUUCCACGGGGACUUGGAAACCAAUGCAACGCAGAAGUGCGUCUCUAAUGUAAGCACUUUCACCGCCGCCUUUCUGUUCUCCAUCGAAACUCAAACCACCAUCGGCUACGGCUACCGAUACGUGACAGACGAGUGCCCCGUCGCUGUCUUCAUGGUGGUUUUCCAAAGCAUCGUGGGCUGCAUCAUAGACGCUUUCAUCAUCGGCGCCGUCAUGGCAAAAAUGGCCAAGCCCAAGAAGCGGAAUGAGACCCUGGUUUUCAGUCAUAACGCUACGGUGGCCAUGAGGGACAGCAAGCUCUGCCUCAUGUGGCGCGUAGGGAACUUACGAAAAAGCCACCUGGUGGAGGCUCAUGUUCGGGCUCAGCUGCUAAAAUCCCGAACAACGGCUGAGGGGGAGUACAUCCCCCUGGACCAGAUGGACAUUGAUGUCGGCUUUGACAGCGGAGUUGACCGCAUCUUCCUGGUGUCUCCGAUCACCAUCGUCCACGAGAUCGACGAGGACAGCCCCUUCUACGAUAUGAGCAAACAGGACCUGGAGAACUCAGAGUUCGAGAUCGUGGUCAUCCUGGAGGGGAUGGUGGAGGCCACGGCCAUGACCACGCAGUGCCGGAGCUCCUACGUUGCCGGCGAGAUCCUGUGGGGCCACCGGUUCGAGCCGGUGCUCUUCGAGGAGAAGAAUUACUACAAGGUGGACUAUUCCCACUUCCACAAGACGUAUGAGGUACCGAGCAUGCCGCUGUGCAGCGCCCGGGAUCUCGCCGAGAAAAAAUACAUACUGUCUAACUCGAACUCAUUCUGUUACGAGAACGAGAUGGUGCUGGAGAACAAAGAGGACAUGGACGAGGGGAAUGGGGGCAGCGUGGGGCCUGAUGGAACCCAGACAGACAACAUUUCAGAGAGCGAACACCACCAGGCCACGGUGCCGCUGGAACCCCGGUCUCUAAGACGAGAAUCUGAAAUAUGACUGUUCAGACCAGACGGGACAUUUGAAACAAAGUCACUUGUCUGCUCUGAAAGGCCCGACCAGCCCAGCUGGGCCUCGGGUAGAGGACACGCCAAACGGUACUGCGAACUGGGCUGCGGCAUGGGCCAGGACUUCAUAUGUAAGUGUGUGUUGAACUAAAACCACAUACGAUCUGACAAAACACAGCACCGGGAAGGAACCAGGUGCAUUUAGCAGGAGGAGUCCCCAUGAAUGUGUCUGUGAGGACGGACACCAACCAGGGCUGGACCACCGCAAAAACCACCGCAGGCAUGUCUCUGUGCGCCAGUCCAGCAGGACCUGGACACUGGGACCGGUUAGAACCAGCACAGGGUUAGAUCGGCCUAAAGGUAGAUUUUAACACAUUUUACAACCUGUUUAAAGUUAAAGACAAAAAGUGAAGCAGGAACAGGAUCAAGAGGGACGGAUUAAUAUGUGGUCCUAAAUCUGACCCAGACCACUGUCAUAUGUGGUCCUAAAUCUGACCCAGACCACUUUCAUAUGUGGUCCUAAAUCUGACCCUGACCUGGUCUCAGUGGGAGGGGGUUGGACCCAGUGAAAGUGCUACUAAAGGGUUCAAAGGUCUGAACACUGAAGAAGAUUCAAGGUUUUGUUGUGGAGCUGGUCUGAGUGGGUAAAGGGUCCCAUGUGUGGGUCCUGGUCCCGGUCCCGGUCUGGCUGAUGGAAACAUGCCUGCUCAUGGAACUGACAAACCCAACCUGAAUGUUCUUCAACCUGCUGCUACGAUGUUGCAUCUGACAUGGAUUCUUUUGGAAUACUUUGGGUUUUUUUUAUUUUAUUUUUAUUUUUGUUUUUUUUUUAAUACCAAAUGCCAAAGAGUAUUAUUAUUAUUAUUAUGAUCAGAAUUAUUCUCAGAAUUAUGAUCACCAUUAUUCUCAGAAUUAUGAUCAGAAUUAUUCUCAUAGUUAUUCUCUUACUUAUGUGUUUCUUGAAAGCACCUGAUUAGAUUUGGUACUGAGCAGAAGUCCAGUGUGUUUGUACAGUUUCAUCAUGUUUGUCAUUUGUUUUCCUGAUCCACUUCAACAUUAACCCAUAAAGACUUAACAAAAACCCAUAAAGACCCCCAAAAAAACAACAACCCAU